UAUUUUUGUGGCAACAGAAACACAAAACCAAUCAGAAUCCCACCACCACGAUGACGAUGGCUUCUCUCGCGACUUCCAUCGCCGGAACUGGAACCUCCAAGAUCCUCGCCGUUUCGUCAUCUUCUUCAAAGAGAAUUGGGUUUCCUGUAAUCUCCCAUCCCAACUCGAGAGUCUUCUUCCUUUUCUCUAAAGCUGGGAUCUUCUCCCGAUCGGCGGUACGUGCUUCGAACCAAGAGGAAGCCACGGUUUCACCUUUCGAAUCCGUUGCAUCAUCACCGGGCCUCUACUCAGCUCAGACUUUCGAUCUGACUCCUCAGAACGUCGACUUGGUCCUCGAAGAUGUUAGGCCGUUCCUUAUCUCUGAUGGUGGGAACGUCGACGUUGUCUCUGUUGAAGACGGCGUCGUUUCUCUCAAACUCCAAGGAGCAUGUACUAGCUGUCCGAGUUCUUCAACAACCAUGACGAUGGGAAUCGAAAGGGUACUCAAGGAGAACUUUGGAGAUGCUUUGAAAGACAUUCGACAAGUUUUCGAUGAGGAAGUUAAGCAUAUAACCGUGGAGGCAGUGAAUGCUCAUCUUGAUAUACUGAGACCAGCGAUCAAGAACUACGGAGGAAGUGUGGACGUUUUAUCAGUUGAAGGCGAAGACUGUGUUGUGAAGUACGUUGGACCAGAAUCUAUUGGAAUGGGAAUUAAAGCUGCGAUUAAAGAAAAGUUCAAGGACAUAUCUAAUGUUACCUUUACAAGCUAGACACUAUAUAUAUGUAAUAAAACACAAAGUUGCUCUUUGUUUGAGCUUAUUUUAUUUUGUAAUGUACACAUCACUCGUAGUCUCCUAGAGCCAUCUUGCAAGGUUGAUCAAGAACGGUGUGUAGACAAAGUAGUAUGUUGUUGUCCAAGUGAUCAAUCCCUUCACAAGAAAACAAAAAGAAACACUCUUUUACCUGGCC